AUGAAGAAGAAAGAUCGAGGAGCAGUCACUAUUCCUUGUGCAAUUGGAGAUAGGCCAUUCAACAAAGCUCUUAUUGAUCUAGGAGCUAGUGUGAGUCUAAUGCCAUUAUCAAUUUACAAGAAGCUUGGUAUAGGAGCUGUGCAAGAUACCAGGAUGACACUCCAAUUCGUCAAUCAUUCGGUCAAGAAACCGUAUGGUAUUGUUGAGGAUGUUCUGGUGAAAAUUGACAAGUUUGUAUUCCUUGUGGAUUUCAUAAUUCUAGAAACGCCUGAAGAUGAAGAGAUCCCUCUCAUUCUUGGGAGACCCUUUUUAGAGACGUUAAGAUGCUUGAUCAACAUAGAAAAGGGGACUAUUACGUUUAAGGUUUAUGAUGAGGAAUUAAAGAUUGAUGUUUGGAACACUAUGAAGUACAAAGAUGAUGUUUGUACCAGUCAUACUAUAGAGGUUCUGGAUCAAGUGAUGACAUAUGAUAAUCCUUUAAAUGCACCACAGUUACCUUUGGAAAGAGUGUUGAGUUUGUCCAUUUUCGACAGUGAUAAAGAAGUGGAUAAUGGGGAAUCCAAAGUGUAG